GUUAGGAUGCAUCAGCUGCAGCAUGCCCGUUGUGGUGUGCGACUACUAGGGGAAUUGUGUAUAUAUUCUCUACUUAUUCCCAGCUCUUUGCGUUCAGCCUUCGAUAUCGCUCUUCUCUGCCUGGCUUGUAAGUAUCGCAGCGUAUAGCAACAAGUAUGUCUUCUCCCCUUCACGCCCUCGUCUUUGGCGCCUCAGGCAUUUCUGGAUGGGCGCUUGUCAAGGAAGCCUUGAGCUAUCCGACUCCAACCACGUUUACCGACGUCACAGCAUUGACAAAUCGUCCUCUGUCUGCAAGUGAUGCACGCUGGCCAAGUGAUUCGAGGCUACAGCUGGCCAGUGGUAUUGAUCUUACCGGCUCUGUCAACUCAGUUGUCGAGGCACUCAAGCAGAAAGUCCAGAACAUCGACACCGUGACUCAUGUGUUCUUACUUGCCUAUGUUGAUCCGGGCAAAGACAAGAUGACCCUUAAGGAGGUCAAUACCAAUCUCGUCAAAACAGCUGUGGAGGCAGUGCAAAGGCUUUCCCCACAGAUCAAGAGCUUCAUCUUGCAAACAGGAGGCAAAGCAUAUGGUCUAGAACGUCCAGAUGUGGUCGAGAUCAUUCCACCCCUCAAAGAAUCCUACCAUCGGGUGCCUAAGCCGAUAGCAGACGAUAUCUUCUACUAUUCACAAUAUGAUGUCCUUGCUGAAAUGUCCAAGGGUGCCACAUGGACUUUCACGGAGAUUCGGCCUGAUGUCAUGAUCGGAUUUGUCCCUGGCACAAAUGUCAUGAAUAUUGCUCAAGGUCUGGGUCUUUACCUGACUUUGUACCGGGAAGUCCGCGGGCCCGGAGCGAAAGUACCAUAUCCUGGCGUGGAGCAUGGCUACCGACACAAGCAUACCGACGCCUUCCAGGAUAUUGCGGCGAAGAUGGAAAUCUAUGCUGCACUGAACACAGAAAGAUGCGGCUCUGGCAGGACCUUCAAUAUUACGAACGGCGAUGUCGUAACUUGGGCAGACAAGUGGCCUGGUAUUUGUGCUUACUUUGGUCUUGAAGGGCUUGGGCCACAGGGCACCUUCGAACCUCCAGCAGACUUUGUUGGAAAGCACUCAGCGGCCUGGGUCAAGCUGGUUGAGAGGGAAGGUUUGAAAGGUGGCCGUAUCGAAUCCUUCUACUGGCCUUUCCUAGAUGUCAUCAUGGACAAGGCUUUCUUCGACCGCCAGUACGACCAGAGUGCCGCCCGGGCUGUUGGCUUUCAGGAGAGCAUCAGCACGGUGAAAGCUUAUACCAUCGCUUUUGACCGGAUGAGAGCUGCAAGGAUCAUCCCAUAGACACUGAGUAGUUUAGCUAGUGUUCACCAAGUUGGGGACGAAGCCGCCAGCUAAUGGCAGCUUGCCAGGGCGCAUAGCCAAAUCAUGGGAG